CGAUAUCUCCUCACUCUGUCCUUUUAAAAUUCAAAAACUGUGGAUUUUUUUAAGCAUCCAACGUAAUCUUUCAGAUUCUUGAUAUCUUCUUUCCUUUAACGAGCAAAAGAACUGAGAUCCUCUAAAUAACUCAUUCCUAAUUCUCCAAGGAUCCCUAGCGAUUUCAACCAUCAAUCAUGGAUUCUUCUUCACCUUCGAUCCCUUCCCGUCCAAACCCUAAACCAAGAAACUCCGAGACAGGAGAUCUGAUGCGGCGGAGCUUUCGAGCCAGCCCAUUUCCAGGGAAAAUCACCCGGGGGGCCGAGUCUGGGGAUAAAGAGAACCAGAUCUCAGAUGCGGUGGUCAAAGCUCCGAAGGCUUCCAAGAACUUCAUGUCGCCGACGAUUUCAGCUGUUUCCAAGAUCAAUCCGUCUCCGAGGAAGAAGAUCUUGUCUGAAAAAAACGAACUGUCUCGCUCCUUCGACAAAUCCCAUCAUCAUGUGACUCAGGUUCGGUCUUCUGUCACGUUUUGUGAUGUGGUUAGCUUCAUUGGGGAAGAAGAUAAAGAUAAAGAUCAGAUUUUUAUCGGUGAAAAGAAGGAGGAGGAGGAGGAGGAGUCUCAUGACGUCACUGUUACUGAUGUGGAUGAUUCGAGCUUCGACGUUAGCCCUCUCCCUGCUUCGGUACCGUUCACGUUCCCUGCGUUUGAGGCGAAUGAAGUUGAUGCGUCGGUGACGCCUUACGAUCCAAAGAAGAACUACUUGUCGCCUAGGCCCCAGUUUCUCCAUUAUAGGCCAAAUCCAAGAAUCGAGUGCAAGCAGCUCGAGGAGCUUUUUACCUCUGAAAGCUCUUCUUCUGAAACUGAUAUGUCUGCUGAGGAGAGCCAACACGAGGAGGAAGUUGUUUCUCCGGAAAGUGUAGAAGAGGUGGCUGAGGAAAUUCAACAAGUGGAGGAACUUGUACUAGCAGUAGAGGAAGUUGCUUAUCAGGUAGGUGUAGUAUCAGUAGAAGAAGAGGGUGAAGUAACCCUAGAGGAGAGUGAUGAUGAGGAGCACUUGGAAGCAGUGGAGAGUGAAGAAAAAGAAGAAGUAGUGGUUGGAGAAAGCACUGAAGAAACUCGUCAGCUUUCAAAACAAUCUCGUUUCAAGACAUCCAAGUUGCUUGGUUGGAUGUUGGUUCUUGGUUUGGCGUACACGUUGUUGGUUUCCUCAGUGACGUUUACUCUUCCAAACAUUAGUCAAGAUUCACAUUUCUACAAGUUUCAUAUCCCACCAGAGAUCACAACGUCCGCAAGAGAGAGCUUUGAGCAGUUGAGUGAGAAGCUUGGGCUGUGGGCAGGAUCAUCACUUGUUUACAUGGAUAAGCUGAUCUCAAGUCUACGAGAAGAAGAGGGAUACGGUUCGUUUCAGUUUCAUAAUUUGACUGGUGUUUUGGAAGAGACAAGAUUGUCUGAUGCUGUUUUCCAGCCAACUAGUGGUGAAAUCAGUGUUGCUGGGUCGCUAGUGGAUAGCCUAGACUUGAGCUUUGAAACGGAUACAGAAGAAGAGAGUGGUGUUACUCAGGAGCCUGAAGAACUGGAGAGCAGUGGUGAAAUCAAUCUUGAAGAUGUCUACGAAGAGGAUAGCAAUGAACUGGAGCAAGAGAGUGAAGGAGGGGAGAUCACUUUGGCCACAGUUACAGAGGUGAAUGUGGGUGAAGUGUAUUCAGAAUCUCUUUCUGAAGAAGAAGAAGAAGAAGAGAGUGGUGGCCAAGAUACUGAUGGUGUUGAAGAGCAGAGAGAAUAUGAAGAAAAAGAAGUUUAUGAGCCUGAAACUACAUCAGCCCAAAACGACGAGAAGAUGAUGGAAGAAUCUGAAUCCAACGCACACCAUCUUGAUGAUGUGGAGCCUGCUGCAAUCAGUGGUCACCAGCAAGAAGACACUAGUGCAUUAGCCAACUCUGACAGUGUACCAGAAGAAGGAGGUAUUGGGGAAACUGGUGAAGCCAGCUUGGAUGUUUCAGCAGAAACUAGUGAUGUAGAUGGUAAUGAUUUGGAAGAAGAGAGUGGGAUUGGUGAAGAAGUUUCUGUUAAUGCAGAAGACUGGAAGGAGAUUUUGUUGAACAACCAGAAGAAGGUGAUGGUCUUGGUGUCGACUGUGAUGGUUAUGCUUGCUGCAGCAGCUGCUUUCUUGUUAGCUAACAAGAAGGCAAAACCUGUGGUGCAAGAAGAUAGUGGGCCAACAACAGUCUCUGACGCCGCUAAAGAGGUAAACGUUGAGCAUGCGCCAGUAGAGAAUCUGAUCAAAGAAAGGUUUUCUUCGCUGAACUUCCAGGAGGAGGAAGAAGAAGAAGUUAAUGAUGACAUGAAAAGAGAAGAGGUAUCAUCAUCAUUCCCUUCUGAGAUGAGUUUCAGUUUCCACAAGGACAAGUCAUUACGCAGCUGCAGCAACAGAGAUGAGCUUAAGGAAUAUCAAAGCGGUGGAGGUAGGAAGAGUAAUGACAGCGGUGAAUCAAUGGCUUCCUCGGCAUCAGAAUACUCCAUAGGGGGCUCUGUUUCAUACGGAAGUUUCACAACGUACGAGAAGAUACAAAAGAGGAGUGGACGUAAAGAGGAAGAGAUGGUAACACCAGUGAGGCGUUCAAGCAGGAUCAGGAACCAUCAACAUUCUGGACAAUGAAUUUAGAAAUUAGCUUUUAGACUUCAUUGUGUUACUACUACUGAUUUGUAGUAAAGCUUUUUCAUCUCACUGAAGCUUAGUAGUAUGGUGACUUUGUUGUUUGUGAUCUUUUUAGCUUUUGGAUGUGAUUCUCUCCUUUAAAGUUUCUUGCUUUAGUAUUUGUCUGACAUUGUACUUCAACAGUGUGAUGAGCCUCUUUUGGCCUUUUGUUUUAAUAAUAUUGUUCGUUUUUUUUUCCUGAA